GAUGUCACACAGUUAUCAGUCUGUGGUAGGAAUGCAUCUUAGUUGAAUAUCCUCUUCAGGUUAAUCUUCAAAAUAUUUCCUUCUUGAAAGUUUAACUGUACAGUUAUGUUGCCUUGGGUGUGACAUCAGCGGCCCCCACCUUGGAGGAUGGGGAUGCCCAGUGAUCAGAGUUAGGCCUAGAAGGGCGGAGACUCAUAUUUAGCAGAUGAACUUGGAUGGUGUAGAAGGAAUUGUAGAAAGCUGAUUGAUCUUGGCCUUCUUGAGGUUCGUCCUUGUAUGUUAGUAACAACUUUUUUGGUCCCUUUUUGCUCUGUAACUUUAGGGUAAAGAGACUUCAAGGCCGGGCUUACCCCUGUAAUCCCAGCACUUUGGGAGGCCAAGGCGGGUGGAUCACCUGAGGUCAGGAGUUCGAGACCAGCCUGGCCAACAUGGUGAAACCUCGUAUCUACUAAAAAUACAGAAAUUAGCCGGGCGUGGUGGCGUGCGCCUGUGGUCUCAGCUACUCGGGUGGCUGAGGCAGGAGAAUUGCUGGAACCUGGGAGGUGGAGGUUGCAGUGAGCUGAGAUUGCGCCAUUGCACUCCAGCCUGGGCAACAACAGAGAGACUCCAUCUCAAAAAAAAAAAAAAAACUUCUAUCUAUGAAUUUAAAGAGUGAAACGGUUGCUGAACACGGAGUGAUCAAGAUGAGUGCUUGUAACAGUUAGCUUUUUCCAGUAUUGAUGAUUCCCCAGCCCUCCCUUUUUUUGUUUUUUGUUUUUGUUUUUGUUUUUUGCUAUCCACCAUUUUUCUCUUCCCCCUCCUUCCUCGCCUUCGUGUUUCAUUUUAGGACUUUGGCUCUUAUAGGGGACUUGAACCAAAUGUUACUUAAAACCUGGAACAAGUUGAACUGGAACCAUAUUUACUCGACUUUGAAUCAAAUCUGAGCGCUUAAAAAUGUCCUUGGCAAACCACUUUCAUCUGAAACAGUAUAUUUUCUGAAAAGUUUUGAGCCUGGACAUCUGAUUCUCUGACUCUUAUAACUGUGAUUAUAAGUUCACAUGUUGACCAUCUAGUAUGAGGCAGGCAUGUACUAGGUGCCAGGUAUAAUACAGAGGUGAAGAGGACAUGGUACCUGCCCUUGAGCUCCCCUCAUUGGUGGGGGAGGGAGCACACCUGGACAUAUCACAGUACAAGGUGUAGCAGAUUUCUCCACUGGGGUGCAGAGUAGACACCACUGAAAUGUCACUCAGUAGAUGUCAUUUCAGUUGGGUUUUGAGAUAAGCAGAAGUUAAGAACGUGAGGGAAUAUUUUCAUGUGGAGCGUAUGUGCUGAGGAAUGAAGGCAUUCAUGUGUUUGGGAUACAUCAGGAUGAUCACUAUAACAGUGACAUGAGAUAAAUCUAUUAAGAUAUUCAGUAGUGUGGAGAUUGAAGAGAAGCCAUUGGUUUUGGCAUCCUCAAAGUCCGUGAAAACCGAGUAAAGUGUUUUUGGUAGAGUGUUGGUGGAAGGGGCUGGACUGCAGGGAGUUGAAGAGUGAAUGGAAACUGAGAAAGGUUAGACUCUUCAGGAAGUUUGUCCUGAGAAGGAAAUAGAGAAGGUGCCUGAGGAAGAGAGGGCAGGGGAGGGAUCUGUGUUGCGUCACAAGCGCGUGGAAGGAUGUGGGUGACUUUACUGUUUACAGGUGGAGGGAACAUAGCUAUGGACAGGGAAACUCAUGAAAAAGGGAGUAGGAUCAGAAACAGACUGGAGGAUAGGAAAAGGAGGGGUGCCUUUUCUGAAGACCCGUCGAAUGGAUGCGUGAAGCUAAAAAUGCUUAGAGGUCAAGGGAAGGAAGAAAGGUUAUUCAGCUUCUCAAGGCUGGAAAAGCAAAGGAAGUUUCCUACAAUGCACUAGCCUCACACAUAAUCUCAGAGGAUGGGGACAAUCCAGAGGUGGGAGAAGCUCGGGAAGUCUUUGACUUACCUGUUGUAAAGCCUUCUUGGGUGAUUCUGUCCGUUCAGUGUGGAGCUCUUCUGCCAGUAAAUGGUUUUUCUCCAGAAUCAUGUCAGAUUUUUUUUGGAAUCACUGCCUGCCUUUCUCAGGGUGUUGAUACAAGCUGGAGCUCUUUGUUGGAGUCUUCCAGAGCUCUCCCAGGGAGAGGUAGGGAAGGGAGCUUGUCCAGCAGAAGUUGGGAAGCACAGAGAUCAUCUGCCUUCUUCUGACCCGGUAUUGAUGCAGGCUGAGGCCUCUGUUGUAAUGUGCUGGGUGUCAUCUGAAGACAGAAGUGCCCUGUGGGCUUUGGUUACGUUCUAUGGGGGAGAUUGCCAGCUAACCCUCAAUAAGAAAUGCACACAUUUGAUUGUUCCAGAGCCAAAGGGGGAGAAAUACGAAUGUGCUUUAAAGCGAGCAAGUAUUAAAAUUGUGACUCCUGACUGGGUUCUGGAUUGCGUAUCAGAGAAAACCAAAAAGGACGAAGCAUUUUAUCAUCCUCGUCUGAUUAUUUAUGAAGAGGAAGAAGAGGAAGAGGAAGAGGAGGAGGAAGUAGAAAAUGAGGAACAAGAGUCUCAGAAUGAGGGUAGUACAGAUGAGAAGUCAAGCCCUGCCAGCUCUCAAGAAGGGUCUCCUUCAGGUGACCAGCAGUUUUCACCUAAAUCCAACACUGAAAAAUCUAAAGGGGAAUUAAUGUUUGAUGACUCUUCAGAUUCAUCACCGGAAAAACAAGAGAGAAAUUUAAACUGGACCCCAGCCGAAGUCCCACAGUUAGCUGCUGCAAAACGCAGGCUGCCUCAGGGAAAGGAGCCUGGGUUGAUUAACUUGUGUGCCAACGUCCCACCUGUUCCAGGUAACAUUUUGCCCCCUGAGGUCCGGGGUAAUUUAAUGGCUGCUGGACAAAACCUCCAAAGUUCUGAAAGAUCAGAAAUGAUAGCUACCUGGAGUCCAGCAGUACGGACAUUGAGGAAUAUUACUAAUAAUGCUGACAUUCAGCAGAUUAACCGGCCAUCAAAUGUAGCACAUAUCUUACAGACUCUUUCAGCACCUACGAAAAAUUUAGAACAGCAGGUGAAUCAUAGCCAGCAGGGACAUACAAAUGCCAAUGCAGUGCUGUUUAGCCAAGUGAAAGUGACGCCAGAGACACACAUGCUACAGCAGCAGCAGCAGGCCCAGCAGCAGCAGCAGCACCCGGUUUUACACCUUCAGCCCCAGCAGAUAAUGCAACUCCAGCAGCAGCAGCAGCAGAUUUCUCAGCAACCUUACCCCCAGCAGCCACCGCAUCCAUUUUCACAGCAACAGCAGCAGCAGCAGCAAGCCCAUCCGCAUCAGUUUUCACAGCAACAGCUACAGUUUCCACAGCAACAGUUGCAUCCUCCACAGCAGCUGCAUCGCCCUCAGCAGCAGCUCCAGCCCUUUCAGCAGCAGCAUGCCCUGCAGCAGCAGUUCCAUCAGCUGCAGCAGCACCAGCUCCAGCAGCAGCAGCUCGCCCAGCUCCAGCAGCAGCACAGCCUGCUCCAGCAGCAGCAGCAGCAACAGCAGAUUCAGCAGCAGCAGCUCCAGCAGCAGCAGCUCCAGCGCAUGCACCACCAGCAGCAGCAGCAGAUGCAAAGUCAGACGGCGCCACACUUGAGUCAGACGUCACAGGCGCUGCAGCAUCAGGUUCCACCUCAGCAGCCCCCACAGCAGCAACAGCAGCCACCACCACUGCCUCAGCAGCAUCAGCUUUUUGGACAUGAUCCAGCAGUGGAGAUUCCAGAAGAAUGCUUCUUAUUGGGAUGUGUGUUUGCAAUUGCGGAUUAUCCAGAGCAGAUGUCUGAUAAGCAACUGCUGGCCACCUGGAAAAGGAUAAUCCAGGCACACGGUGGCACUGUUGACCCCACGUUCACGAGUCGAUGCACGCACCUUCUCUGUGAGAGUCAAGUCAGCAGCGUGUAUGCACAGGCAAUAAGAGAAAGAAAGAGAUGUGUCACUGCACACUGGUUAAACACAGUCUUAAAGAAGAAGAAAAUGGUACCGCCGCACCGAGCCCUUCACUUCCCAGUGGCCUUCCCACCAGGAGGAAAGCCGUGUUCACAGCAUAUUAUUUCUGUGACUGGAUUUGUUGAUAGUGACAGAGAUGACCUAAAAUUAAUGGCUUAUUUGGCGGGCGCCAAAUAUACGGGUUAUCUAUGCCGCAGCAACACAGUCCUCAUCUGUAAAGAACCAACUGGUUUAAAGUAUGAAAAAGCCAAAGAGUGGAGGAUACCCUGUGUCAACGCCCAGUGGCUUGGCGACAUUCUUCUGGGAAACUUUGAGGCACUGCGGCAGAUUCAGUAUAGUCGCUACACGGCCUUCAGUCUGCAGGAUCCAUUUGCCCCUACCCAGCAUUUAGUUUUAAAUCUUUUAGAUGCUUGGAGAGUUCCCUUAAAAGUGUCUGCAGAGUUGCUGAUGAGUAUAAGACUACCUCCCAAACUGAAACAGAAUGAAGUAGCUAAUGUCCAGCCUUCUUCCAAAAGAGCCAGAAUUGAAGACGUACCACCUCCCACUAAAAAGCUAACUCCAGAAUUGACCCCUCUUGUGCUUUUCACUGGAUUCGAGCCUGUCCAGGUUCAACAGUAUAUUAAGAAGCUCUACAUUCUCGGUGGAGAGGUUGCGGAGUCUGCACAGAAGUGCACACACCUCAUUGCCAGCAAAGUGACUCGCACUGUGAAGUUCCUGACGGCGAUUUCUGUCGUGAAGCACAUAGUGACGCCAGAGUGGCUGGAAGAAUGCUUCAGGUGUCAGAAGUUCAUUGAUGAGCAGAACUACAUUCUCCGAGAUGCUGAGGCAGAAGUACUUUUCUCUUUCAGCUUGGAAGAAUCCUUAAAACGGGCACACGUUUCUCCACUCUUUAAGGCAAAAUAUUUUUACAUCACACCUGGAAUCUGCCCAAGUCUUUCCACUAUGAAGGCAAUCGUAGAGUGUGCAGGAGGAAAGGUGUUAUCCAAGCAGCCGUCUUUCCGAAAGCUCAUGGAGCACAAGCAGAACUCGAGUUUGUCGGAAAUAAUUUUAAUAUCCUGUGAAAAUGACCUUCAUUUAUGCCGAGAAUAUUUUGCCAGAGGCAUAGAUGUUCACAAUGCAGAGUUCGUUCUGACUGGAGUGCUCACACAAACGCUGGACUAUGAAUCAUAUAAGUUUAACUGAUGGCGUCUAGGCUGCCGUGUGUGUCGACUCCUGCGGUGCGGGGCUAGCUGUCUGGCUGGCGAGGAGCUGCCGCGCUUCCUUCACAUGCUCUUGUUUUCCAGCUGCUUCCUUGGGGUAUCAGACUGUGAAGCAGGAAGACACAUACAAUAAAUAUACUGCAUCUUUUUAAGAUGUGCAAUUUUAUUCUGAGGAAACAUAAAUUAUGUUUUGUACUAUAUGACUUUAAGAGCCCACAUUAGGUUUUAUGAUUCAUUUGCCAGGUUUUUAAAUGUUUUCACAAAACUGUUACGGGACUUCAACUAGAAAUAAAAUGGUGUAAAUAAAGACCUUGCUAUCUCUAAAUUAUGAAUGUUAAAGAUUUGAAAUGUUUUGUACUUUGAUUAUUUUUAUUUCUUAUACUCUGUUUUCUUUUAUAUUGAUAUCUUGCCCACAUUUUAAAUAAAUGUACUUUUGAAGUUAGAA